CGAUGGAAGAUGUUUCUAAUGCUCUGUCCCUACUAACUAGUUUGAAGGUAACUGAACGGAAAAAGGGAGCGGAUAGUCUGCGCAAAUGUCUAGAACACAGAGAGAUACAGCUGGAGCUAGUGAGAGGGAGCAGUCCCUACUCUCGAAGUGCCACCUCUCACUCCUGCUCGAGUUGGGAUUCGAUCUUCGAACAUGUGAGAACAUAUGUUUGUCUGGAGUUGGAAAAAGCAGAAAGUGCAAUGCUCAAUAGUCAGAACAAUAACAAUACUACUCUGAGAACAUCUCUCACUCUUAACUCUACUUUUUCUUCCACUUCGCUCACCACUUCGAAAGCAGCGAAAACGAGAAACUUCUACGAUGUGGUUUCAUUGGUCAAGUUUGUCUUAGAUUUGGGCCUGUUUCAACCCGCCAAUGGCAUCACGCCAAGUCUAGUAAUUGUUCACGUGUUGAAGAUUUUGUACGACGAAUUAGCUCGAAGUCUUCUGGGAAAUGAUUACUUGUUGAUAUUGAACAAGUAUGUUCUUGGAAAUCCAGAAUGUAUCAACGAAAUAAAACCCAAUCAAUGGAACAGUUUGUCAAAAAUCCUGUUUAAGUCCGACUACUUUUGUUUCAACCCGGCUAACUUGGCAGCCGGCUGUAAAGCUUUUGUCAAAAGUGCGACGGAAAAUUAUUUACAACUUGAUUUUUCUCCUGUUUAUUUGUACUUUAAAAACCAACUUUCUUCAGCCUCGAAAGUGGAUAAAAGUUUGUCACUUUUAGGCACGAUUUAUCAUCUUGCUGUAUUUGUUUUUGAUUCUUUUGGCUCUUUUGAAAUCAUAUCUGAGCUUUUGUUUCCAAUUUUACCUGCAGUUCUGGGCGCUUUGUCGAAACUGUCUGUGAGUUCUUUGACAAGCAAAGAUGGAAUGGUGUCUUUUCUCACAAUCACCACUCGAAUUUUGAUGGAUUCUUCAAAUGAUGAAGAAAUCGGUAAGCUCUGCAUAGAAAAUCUAGACUGUAUUUAUGAAUGCGUUGUUCAUUCAAUCGAACUUGACUUACAACAAUGCGAUCCUAAAUUUGGAGUUUCGAGAAAAAUGAAAAUGGGAGUGUCAAGAAAAGAUGAGUUUUUUGAACUGGUUGCAAUAUUGGCUAAUUUUUUAUUAAACCAAAAAUUGUCCUCCAAAUAUUUUCAAAAUUGUGUUGAUGCUGAAGUUGCGGAACCCGCGAGUAAAAGACAAAAGAAGGAACUGAAGUUGAACUCGUGGGCAGAUUACGCCAGUUGCUUCGAAGAGUUCUCAAACGAGCUUUCUUUGACAUACACAACAGAGCUAUUGAUUCAUUUGACAAAUGGAGUCUCAAAAGUAGUUGCUGAAGGAUGUUGCGCAAUACUAAUUAGGGUUUUGAAAUACUUGCAAUUUGAAGACUACUCACAAGAACUGAAGCUUCGUCUGGUCCAUUUGGCUAUUAAUUUGUUCAGGAAAUUCGACAGUUUUGCACUCAGAAGUCAAUUAUGCCACCACGUGACUCUUGAAUUUGUCAAAUACGCUUGUGAAAAUAUUAGCUCCACUAAUAUUGGCGAAAAGAUGCUGGAACUUGUGAGUGAAAUAGUGCAUGGACCAUUUCAGAUAUCAACAGAGAUCGUGGAACUACUUCUAGCUUUUUUAACGAAUUAUUUCGAAGAAGAAAAUAACGCUGGUUGUUCAGUUAACGGUUUAUCUUUUUUGAAACUUGCUAAUUGGGGCUUUCACAAUAACUUGAUAGCUAACUAUCAAAAAAACUUGAAGGGUUCUUGGAGCUUGAAAAAUGACACGGUAAAGAGGUUUAUUGUCAAGGUUAUUCGGUCAACAUUUGAACAGACUUUGAAGCUGAUGAAAGACUGUUUUGAACAUGGACUUGAAAACAGAACUUAUUGGACCAAAAUAAGCAAUAUUAAAAACAUUGCAAAUGGAAUCAUAGCGAAAGUUACCAAGUUUGGAGUAGAAAGAUCUAAUGAAAAAUUGAACUUAGAAAUUGUUCGCUUGUUUGCAGAUCAUGCAAAAAUGAUAUUUAAUAAACAGCUUGUCUCUAGUAGCAAAGAUGAUCAGUCUCAAACACUAGUGCGUUCAAUGAGUUCUAUGUCUUUGUUGUUGACGUUAGCGGAGACAGAACAUGUGGAUGUGGAGACGCUCGUUGCUCUUGAAGACCUUUCGAGGCUUGUCACUUCAGUUCUGCAGGGCUUUAAGUGUCCACUGCAACCUUCACAGUUUUUGUCCAGUUUCGCUGACAGAGUUUUCUAUGAUUUUGUGCUGAUGAUCAAAAAUAUUUCAAAAUCAUCCCUUAUUGGGAACUGUCUUAAGGACCAAAUAACAGAAUCACUGGGAAAUUUCGUUGACUCUGUCAUAGUUUCCGACGUUAAUGAAUUUUAUCUUCAACAACUGAAGUGUAUAUGUAGAUUAAUAUUAAUCGUUGGUGACGAUAUACACAGCUCUUCCUCGCAAAGCUUGUCAAGUCUUAUCUCAUUUCAAUGUGAAGAUGUGAAAAAUUCAGUCAAUGAGCUUGAUCUUUUGGAAGACUUAUUGAGUCGCGAAGACUUUCUCAGAGAAGUUCCAAAUAGCGACUUUGAUUACCUUCUGAUGAGACUAACUAACCUCUCGGAACAAAAUCAAAAAGAUCCGAAGAAAGUGGAACGAAUUUUAGACAUUUUCCAUUUAACGAUACCGGAAGCAUUCAACCGAAAGUUGUCCAAUUUUUCUCUGGUGCCAAGCGUUACUCUGUUUGCGUUUUGGUCGCUGGUCAGAACGUGUAAACUGAAAGACCCAAGAGCAAUAUCAGCUCUUGUGAAACUCACAAAUGAAGUUGCGAGAGUGAAAACUGACUUCACUUUGAUGGCCUGGAGCGAAGAUGCCAGCGCGUCUUCUCAAAAUGAAGAUGUGAACUCAGAAGAUUAUUCGAUGAUUGCAGAGCUUCUAAUCGACCAACUGUUGAAAGGUAACAAGCUCAUUUCUAAACAUUGCAUAGAGGGACUGAAAAUAUACGCGAACCGCAAUUCGCCUAUGCUGGAAUUGGUUUUGAGCUCGUUAAUCGGAAAAUUAGAAGCAUCUCAUAUGAAAUCGAUGAUUGAAACCAAAAAUGAUAAGAAGCAAACUAUCGUCCGUGGUCUGAUGAAGCUAUUUGAUGGAAUUGAAAUGUGGACCGGAAGCAUCGAGAGCAGUUGCUUGCAAUACCUCGCUAAAUUAUUAGAUGUCAAAAUGUUCUCAACUGGCGAUGUUGAGAAAGUUGUGGCAAAUUACGCCUCAAAGUUUGAAAUCUCAAGUCAUAAUUACUUCAGUUUGAUUAUAGAGCCGCUUGUAAAGUGUUUCAAAUACGGACAUUUAUCGACUUUAACCUUUUUUGACCCGGAGAUAUAUUCACAUGAAAUCGUUUCAUGCUCAGUUGAGAAAACGGUAGUCGAAUCGGAAGAUCUGCUAAAUAGCUGCAAUGUAGUUUUUCUUCAUUACAUAUAUCCCCACGCAGUUGUCCAUCUAUUAGCUAAAAACGACUUUUCGGUCAACAAGAUGAAACAUUUUCUGAAAAUGGAAAGUUCUGAACUUGUUAGUUCGAUGAAUCUUAAAUAUGCUGGAUUAAUUAUACACAGAAUUUUGUCUAGAAAUGAUUUCGAAAAUGGGAAAACAAAAAUUGUAGCAUUCUUGGAAGUCAUGGGAUUAGAUAACUCUACACAACAGCUUAGGUUUUUGGAAGGAGAGUUCAAGUUGCAAGAACAGUUGUUGUCGCAGUUGGAUGGAAGUUUUGCAGCGAGACCAUUCGAAACCAUAGCAGCUUUGAAAGUUCAACUGAACUUUCUCAAGUUGACUUCGAGUCUUACGAGUGAAAACGAGAAACAGGCUCAUUUCAAUCUCUACCUCCAAUCUCUAUUUGCUAUGCUGCGAAGUCAGUUGUUCAUGCAAGUAGAAAUUCUUUCGUCUUGCAGUUCAGUCAACUUGUGGGAACUCUUUGUUACUUUAGAAGAAAUUUUAUCUGAGCUCAAAAAAACCAACUGGUUGCUCUUAGUUUUUGAGUUGCCUGGCCUUCUGCAGUUUAUCUGUGAGUUCUGUGGGCAAAACCGGCUGAAACUUGACUUGCAAACUGGCAAACAUGAAAAGUUUGAAAAACUGGCGGAAACUUUGCUAAACUUGAACCCGGAUUUAACUUUUCUGGUCGAUUCAAAGCAGAUUGAAUUAUUUUGCAAUUUCUUGCAAUCCAACUUUUCAGUUCUGUUUUUAGAAAAAUGGUUCCAAAAACACGCCUCUGUAAAGGAUGAUUUCGAUCAAAUUGUUCGGUUAUUUUCCAAUCGUCCUGAAAGUUCUUUCUUUCUCCCGUAUUUUGUAUCCAAACUUGUAAAUACAACACUGUCUUGUAAAGUUAUGCUGGAUGCCGGCCACAAGAAUAUAGUUCAGAAACUCUAUUUGAAAAUACGAAAAGCCUCUUGUGAAAAUGAGAACCUGCAAGAAACUCUUGCUCGAGUCAAACCUGAAGAUCUUCUUGAGUUUCUGAAAACAAUCGACCUGCAUCGUCUCAAAAAGCAAGAAAAAAGUGGCAAAUUAUUCGAAGCAUCCGAAAACGGCAGAAUAGUUGUACAAGAUCAAAUCUGUACUGCUCAUUUACGCGAAAUUGCUAAAAUUCUUCUCGAAAAUAUUUCCAACUGCAGUUUACAAUUUCUACGCUUUGCUUUGAUCGGUUUGAGAGCAAUCGCUCCUGCGUGUCAUAAUUUUAACCGUGAUUGUGUCAACUCAUAUUUGAAAAUUGUUUUUGAAGAAAUAGUCAAUUUGAAACUUCAAAACAACAACAAAUGUGAAGAUCGAGAAACAACAGCUUUAAGUUACCCACAAUUUUUGACGCUUUCCAUCAUUGACAAAUUGCCGAAUAAUGAUUUCAAGUUUCUACGCGAAAUUGUGACAGCUGACAACACUUGUGCGUUGAAAUUGCUGCCUGUUCUCAUUACAAUGUUAUCAGGCGAACAGCGAUUGGCAGUAUCCAAAGUAUUCAACGAUCAAUUCGAAAAGUUCCUUGAGCUUAAGAAACAAAAGACCAAGUUCGAAAAUGAGCAUGAUCAGGUGUUGCCUUUCUUCAACUCGGUUCUUGGGCUGAUGCGGUUUCAGAAAAACAAUUCAGACUCGACCAGCUAUCUGUUCUGGCUGAGACUUGAUUUCGAUGUGCUAUCUAAAGUUGCUUACGAGUUAAAUUCCCAUAUAAUUUCUAUUUUCUUCGCUGACUUUUCAAUUAUGAGCAAAACAGAUUUUGCAUCAAGCUUCGGAUCUCAAAUUCCGAUCGAUGACUCGUGUUCGUUUUCCGAGCAGUUGAUCGAAUCUGGCCUGAAAACCAACUGCGAAGACACCACUGAUGGACUGGGUUUGAACCGACAUGAUUCGACCAAUUUGCAGCUAAUGGCAUUUCAACACUGUGAACAAGGAGACAGUGAAAAAGUGUCACAGAUGCUGAGUUUGAUUCCUUCAAUUAAGUCAAGUGGCCCGCAAUAUUUGUCAGACUUGGUCAGAAACAGCCCCUUUGAAGACUUCGUGGAACUCUCUAAGUUUUGCUCUGAUGGUUUGAGAGAAGAUACGAACUUCAGUUUUGGAAACAUUGGUUCACACCUACUCUCUAACAACAGCGAGCAUCUUUCCAACUGGAGUCAUCUCAACUUUCUAGAAAGCGAAGAGUCUUUAGAGCUUAAUUUUUACAGUCUGUUGAACUCAAUUGAUCCUGAUGAAGUUGGGUCAAAUUUGAUUGGUACAAAAUUUGAGAACUGUUGUAAAUUAUUGGCAGGCCCAAUGCUAAGCGAGCCAUCUCAGAAAGCGGAUCAUGAAUAUGCUCUUAAAACUUUUGAUAUUCUCAAAUCAUUACGAAGUAAUUCGGAAAUCAAUUUCAUCGAGAAUUGGCAAAGUUUUGAAUCAUUGAGCGACUCGCAAAAUUUGUUCAACCUUCAAAAUCUGACUCUGCAAAAAUUGCUGAAAAUGAAAAAGUUGUCGAGUUAUGACAUGGAAGUGUUGAAAAGAGAACGUGAAAGUCUAUUGCUCAAUUUUACCGAGCAUUUAUUGGCGAAAGGGCAUUUGUGCGCAAUUGACAAACUGCUGGAUGUGUUUUCAGAUCUGAGAGAGCCUAAAAAAGCCUUAAUAAAAGCGAAAGUUCAGUGGAAGAGACGAAAUUUCCCUAGAGCUAAGUUUCUGCUCAGCAAUCAGCUUAAAUCGGAACAGCUGAGUUUAACUGAAGCAGCUCAAAUCCAGUUUCAGCUCGCAAAGUUUGGGGCUGAAUCAUGUAGCGAAAGCACAGAAACUAUCACAAAAUUGAUUGAGAGCGCAAAAGAGAAAUUCUUUUUGUCCGAAGGUUCUCGUAACGAAUUGCGAAACUGUUACCUAACGUUGGCUAAAUUUGCAGAUGAGCAAUACGAAAAAAUCCAGCGUUAUUUGAGAAGCGAGGAUUGCCAGAAGGUGAAUGAACGAAUUAAAAUAGUCCAGCGUGAGCUUGAUUUGAUUGAACAAAACAACCAAGAAAAGACAAGUUACUACCAGAAGCUAAAAAUGCGACAGGAAACUGACAAGGCUGAACAAGAAAAAGUUUUGAGGCAGCGAAGUGGUUUUCUGUGGCAAGCCAUGGAAAGUUACUUUUUGUGCCUGUCAAGUACUGAACACUCGGCAGAAAUGCACGACCUUUCAGUGCUUCGAAUUGUUGCACUGUGGUUCCAGAAUCACAAUGAUUCUAAUUUGAACUCAUUUUUGAAUAAAAAGUUUGAGGAAGCAUCUGUUGAUAGUUUCGGCCAGGUUUUGCCUCAGUUCAUCGGCAGGUUAGCUGGAUCCGAAAAUAAAUCCACUGGUUACUCAGAAUUUGAAAUUUUGCUGCAAAAGAUGAUAAUUGCGAUUUGUAAAAAGCACUUUUUCCACGGUAUUUACAAUCUGCUGGCUGUUGUGAACUCGGAAAAAGAAGUGAACAACUUCUCAGCUUAUGUGAAAUACACAGCCGACAGUCAAAGAGUUAGAAGGGGCAAAGAAGUCGUGGAGAAGUUGCGAUCUAGUAAGCCUCUCGAGCUGAAAGCAGUGGAAGCUUUAGUUGAUGCUUAUAUGCACGCAGCUUAUUUUGAGAAAGGAAAAAAAUACCUUGAAGGUGAUUUUAAGAGACAGGAGAAAAUUAUGAAGAUCGAAAAUUUGCAUCAUGUGCCGAUGCCUACGAUAGAGUUGCCUGUGUGUAAAGAUGGCGACUAUUCCAGUUUCCCAACUGUCCUCAAGUUCCAGAAGAAGUUUCAAGUGCCGGGAGGCUUAAACCGGCCAAAGGUGGUCAAAGUUCAUACGUCAGAUGGAAGCGAGCUUCGUCAAAUUGUGAAAGGCAACGACGAUUUAAGACAGGAUGCUGUUAUGCAACAAGUGUUCAGAUUAUGUAAUCGGUUACUCGGCCAAAGUAACGAGGCCAAGAAACGAAACUUAAGUAUGGCGACAUACAAAGUCGUGCCCAUAGCUCCUAGCUCGGGAGUUUUGGAAUGGUGUGAAAAUACUACGACUCUUGCAGACUAUUUGAUUGGAAGUUCAAAAAAGCCUGGAGCUCAUCCACGUUAUAGACCACAAGAUUUGAGUAUCUUGCAGUGUCGUGAUAAACUAAUUGGCAGUCGUGGAAAUCCCCAGAAAGCAGACGCUCUCUUGGAAGCGUUCUCUGAAAUAUGUGACUCUGUGAAACCGGUGUUUCACAUGUUCUUUCUGGAGACAUUCUCAACUCCUGAAAAGUGGUUCCAAACACGACUUCGCUACACGAGAAGCGUGGCGGUCAGCAGUAUAGUUGGGUAUAUUUUGGGCUUGGGUGACCGACACACGAGUAAUAUUCUGUUCAAUGAGCAAACAGCAGAAGUCGUUCAUAUUGAUCUGGGAAUGGCCUUCGAGCAGGGAAAAGAGAUCGCAGUGCCUGAGACAGUUCCCUUUCGCCUGACCCGGGACAUGGUGAGUGCAUUGGGCAUUGCGGGGGUGGAGGGGGCGUUCAGGAGGGGAUGUGAAGUGACGAUGCAGAUACUGAGAGAGCACAGGAAUGUGAUUGCGACCAUAACUGAAGUGCUUGUUCACGAUCCCCUCCUCAAUUGGACUCUGUCUCCGGCGAAGACUCUGAUGAUACAGGAAAGUGAGAAGCUAGACAGAGAAGUGGGCCAUGAUGGGAGUGGCGCUAUGGCUGCGGUGAUUGGCCAGUCCGAGAACCGGAAGAAGAACCAAUCAGCGCUGAGAGUGAUGGACAGAUUGGGGGCCAAGUUGAGUGGGAUGGACGGAGUCACUGGAGGCGUGGACAUGUUGAGUGUGGAGGGCCAAGUGAGCUGGCUGAUCAGAGAAGCCACUGACUUUGGAAACUUGAGCAAACUGUUUCACGGCUGGAGAGCGUGGCUCUAAAUGACCCUUCAUCUGAAGAAACAGUAUUUAAGACUCCGAUAAAUCGGAAGUUUUUCAAUUGAGAUGAACUGCGUGGAGCAGAAGUAUAUGCAGAACUGAGAUUAGUAAAGAAACAACUGUGCAGUUUGUUGAGUGUGUUACUGGUGAAAUCUCUGUCAUCCAUUUGCAGAACUUUAAACUGUAUUCGAUUAAAUUGUUCCAGCUUAGUUGCACUUGUAGGCUUGGUUAAUGUGCGUCAUGUAAGUAUACUUUACACAUGAAUAUUCUUCUUUGCU